CAUAUCACAUCCAAUUGACUGGGGAACUAUAAAACAAUAAGCUUUUUCACGAAACCAAAAACAUCAAUAGAAGACGUAUCGUGGCAAGAGCCGACGUGGUUCAAUUGUAACAUACAGGUAUGUAGGUAGCUACGGAGAAAACGCGGAGUACCUUGGCUAGCAACGGGUAUUCAAGAGAUCACUCAUGUCCAAUAACCGGGAAUACCGACCUUUCUCUCUUGUCUCAUCAAUUCUACGCAAUAAAACCAUCUCAGUAAAACAACCCGAAAAAAGAAGAAAGUCAGCCUUCAGAACUUCGCGCAGGUCGGAAACAACCACAAUUCUAAGGUUGUCAACAUGACUAUAACGAUGAUGAUCGCCUACCUAAAAGGCCCUCGCUUCGACAUGGAGUACUAUCUCCAGCAUCAUCUACCUAUGGUUACUCCUAUAUGGAAGCCAUUUGGCAUGGGGGCAUUUCGGACCAUGGCACCGACGGACUCCCAGAGCCCAUACGCCAUGCUAACCCAGAUCGAAUGGCCCGACAUGGAAGCGUUUAAUAGAGCGCAGGCUGAGACGUCGGCCGACACGAGCCAGAGGUUUAUGGAGGAUAUUAAGAACUUCACGGAUAAGGACCCCGUGAUCUGGUUCAUGGAGAAUAAAGCCGGCGGUGCUUAAGCGCAGAAGUGAGGGUGGGGAGAUGGGGAUCUAGGGAGCACAGCAGAUUAUCCCCUAGCAGUCACAUA